AUGGGUGAUAUCGGUGAUGAAUAUUUUAGGUCACGUGGGGGCGGAAAAUUUGUUGUUACUGGGGAACAACCCAUUUAUAAUGAAAAUAUCACUUCAACCUUGCCUCCAGUCAGCUCACUAUGUGUUCCUGGUCCACAACAGACUAUUGAAAAUACUAUUUUUCCACUUAACAUGAAUAGUAUUAAUCCUUCUCAAUCUGAAAUUCUUAGUUUUGAUAUCCCAGGGUAUAAAAUUAUCAUUAUACCUACAUUUUCUCAACAAAAUAAUACUUGUUUGAAUUAUUCUUCUUCAGAUAACACGAAUACCCAAUUUACCCAAUUUCAACAAUAA